AUGGUGCUAGAAACCUAAUUAUUAAUUAAGAAUAGAUCAUCUAAUAUUGUGAUUCCUCCUCCUAAUAUUAAAAGUAUUAGAAUAUAUCUAUUAUUAGAAUAUGCUGAUAAGACUGCAGAAUAUGUGGCAAAAAAUGGAGCAACAUUUGAAGAUCUUGUUAUGUAAAAAGAAUUAAGUAAUCCUAAUUUUUGUUUCUUGAGAAGAGAUGAUCCUUAUAGACCAUAUUAUGAAAAUAAAAUUACAGAGUUUGCAAGAGGAUUAGUUGGUAUUAAUUUACUUUUAAUUAUUAUUAUAGCACCAAUAUAGGAAGAAGAAGAUUAGAAAACAAAGCCUGCACCUAAAAAUGAAUAACCUAAGAAAGUAGUCAAGGCUCCACCUAAUGAUUAAUAUACUGUAGAAUAACCAAGAAAUUUAUCAGCUUUAGAUUUAGAUAUUAUUAAACAUACAGCCAUAUUCAUAGCUAAGAAUGGUAAAAAGUUUCUGGUUGCCUUAACAGAAAGAGAGAAAAUGAAUCCAUAGUAUGAUUUUUUAAAACCUACUCAUGAUUUAUUUCAAUUCUUUUCAAAUUUGGUUGAUGCUUAUACAAAAUGUUUAUAACCAAAAAAAGAAGAAAUUGAUAGAUUAUUGACAUAUGUUUAAGAUAGAUAAGUAAUAUAUUAAAGAUGUCAAGAAAAAUAUGAGUAUGACAUAUAUUUAAAAGAAGAAAAAGAUAGGAAAUAAUAAUAGGAUGAAGAUGAGAAAUGUAAAAAUUUUAAUAAUUAUAUAAUAGAAUAAAUGGCAAUGAUAGAUUGGAAUGACUUUACAAUUUGUGAAACAAUUGAUUUCGCAGAAGAUGAUAGAAUUGAUAAAGUUUAUGAAAAAGGAAUCUAAAGAUUUGAUAAAAUGGACUUUAAAGGUGCUGAUUAAACAUAAUUUUGUAAUAUGGUUGUAUAUUUUUAGAAUAAUAGUAAAACUUAGUAUAGACAGGACAAGUUGUAUCUAGAAUUAUUAAUAAUCCAUAAUAACCAAAAGAAAAAUAAAUCAUUACUUUAAAUUCAACUUUAUAAAAAGCAGGAUAACAAGGUGAUAGUAGUGCUCCAAUAAUUUCAAAUUAUUAAAGACCUACAUCAUAAAAUGAAUUAGUCUUAAUAAAAUGUGAAAUUUGUGGAAAGAACUUUCCUAAAAAUUAAAUUAAUGAACAUAUUCAAUUAGAACUAUAAGAUCCUCGUUAUAGUGAGAUAAAGAAGGAAAUUAAUGAAAGAAGCAAAACAACAACAUUACAACCUGGUAAUAUGAUUGCAGAACAUCUAUCUUAAUUAAAAAAGAAAAGACCAGACAUUUUUGAGGAAGAUCAUAGAAAACCACCACCACCUCCUCCUCCUUAAUAGAGACCAUAGCCUCCAAGACCAGCUCCUCCUCCCCCACCUCCUCCUCCAAAAUGAA